AUGUCGAAUGAUAGUGAUCCAUCAAAACAACAUUUUAUGGAAUGUCCGUAUUAUCAGCCAGAAACGUCUCCUGUUUCGUCACCAGAGUCAACGUCUCCUGUUUCAUCACCUGAGUCAAUUAUUAUUUUAUCUAACGAUGCUAUGCACAAGCAACAGCGGUUUGAAGCCCAACAAGUUAUACAGCUACAUGAACUACCGACGACUUCUAUCAAAAGAUCGUCUACAUCAGAUACUCAGCGAAGUAACAAUAACGCUCCUGAUAUACCAUCAUGCGAUGCAUUAUCAGAUCGCAAACGUAAGCACAGAAAUGUUGAAUAUGCAUUAGGACUUCAACCACCUACCGUUAUCGAACCUCCACUAGGAGCUCGGACACCAGUCGUCGUCUCGCAGCAAGACCGGGUAGGACUUCAAGAAAAAGGCCCAGUGUACACGGUUCCUCAAGCGAAAUCAACAAUUAAUUUUAACAUUGUAGAGUUCAAUAAUGACGAUUUUUUUACUAGCUCGGUUAAGAAACCGAAGAAUAACACGACAAAAAAGAAAACACCCACACAAUAUAACCCUGAUGAUAUCAAGAAGCAACAACCGCUUGAAGCCCAACAACUUAUACAGCUGCUUCAAUUGCCGACGGUUUCUAUCAAAAGAUCGCCCAUGUCAUACGCUCAGCGAUCUUACAAUAACCUUCAUGAUACCCGAUCAUGCGAUGUAUUAUCAAAUUCCAAACAUGAUCGCAAAAACGUUGACCGUGCAUUAAGGCUUCAACUACCUGUCGUUACCGAACCUACAUCAGGAGCUCGUCCACCAGUCAUUGUCACGCUUCAAGACAGGGUAAGGACUCAAGAUACUGACAUGAUAUACGGGGUUCCUCAAUCCAAAUCAACGAUUACGUUUCAAGACCCAGUAAGACAUCAAGAACAAGACCCGCUAUACGCCUUCUUUCAAUCGGACCCAACAAUUACUUCCACUACGCCUGAUAUCGAUAAUGAGGUUUUGAAUUGGAAUGAAUUCGAGAUUCUACUAUCAAAUACCACCCCCGAAAUAUCAGCACAAUCAAUGCUAGCGUCGAAGGCUAGUAAGUCGGUUAAUCGAUCGAAGAAUAGACCGAGAACAAAAAAUCCACCCAUUCGAUACAACACUGAUGGUAUCCACAAGCAACAGCGGCUUGAAGCCCAACAAGUUAUACAGCUGCUUGAGCUACCGACGACUUGUAUUGAAAGAUCGGGUGAAUCAGAAGAUAAACUAACUGACAAUAACCUUUCUGAUACCCGAUCAAACGAUGUAUUAUCAGAUUGCAAAAGAAAGGGAAGAAAUUUUGAACGUGUAUUAGGCCCACAACCACCCACCAUUGCCGAACCUUCAUUUGAUGCUCGCACACCAGUCGUUAUCUCGUUUCAAUACCCGCUAGGACCUGAAGACACACACGCGAUAUGCGAGGUUCCUCAAUCGAAGUCCGGAAUUACUUUUACUAUUCCUGAUUUUUAUAAUGACUGCUUUAACUGGGCUGAGAUCGACGAUAUACUAUCAGCUACCAUCCGCGGCGUAUCAGACCACAAGCAACAACUGCUUGAGGCUCAAAAAGUUAUACAGCCACCUGAAUUACCGACCAUUUCUAUCGAAAGAUCCUACACAACAGAUAAUAAACGAUUUGACGGUGACGUUCCUGAUACCCGAUCAUGCGAUGUAUUAUCGGAUUGCACAGAUGAGCGCAUAAAUCUUGGAAGUGCAUUAGGAUCUCAAGCAACCCGUGUUGUCGAACCUCCGUUAAGAACCCCCACACCAGUCGUUAUCUCGCUUCAAUACCCGGUAAGACCUGAAGACAUUUACCCAAUAUACGGGGUUCCUCAAGCCGAAUCAACAAUCAGUUCCACUAUUUUUGAUUUUGGUAAUAACGAUUUGAAUUGGGAUAAGAUAGACCAUAUACUACCAGGUACCGUCCCCGAAGUAUGGGCACAAUCGAUGCUUACGUCGAAGGUGAGUAAGUCGGUAAAGAAAUCGGGUAAUUCAUCGGUAAAAAAAAAAGCACGCAUUCAAUGCAACCUUGGUGAUAUCCAGAAACAACAACGGCUUGAAGCCCAGGAAGUUACACAGCCGCCUGAAUUACCAACGACUUCUAUCGAAAGAUCGUCUCCCUCAAAUAAUAAUAAACGAGCUGACAAUAACGUUCCUGAUACCCCAUCAUGCGCUGUGUUAUCACAUUCCGACGAUGAGCGUAUAAAUAUUGAACGUGCAUUAGGACCUCAAGCACUCCGUGUUGCCGAACCUCUGUUAGAAACCCCCACACCAGUCGUUGUGCCACUUCAAUACCCGGUAAGAUCUGAAGACACUUACCCGAUAUACCGGGUUCCUCAACCCGAAUCAACAAUCAGUUUCACUACUCCUGGUUUUGGGAAGAACGAUUUCAAUUGGGAUGAGAUAGACCAUAUACUGUCAACUACGAUCCCCGAAGUAUGGGCACAAUCGGUGCUUACGUCGGAGGUUAGUGAGUCGGUAAGAAAAUCAAAUAAUACAUCGAUGAAAGAAAAACCAUCCAGUCGAUACAACCCGGAUGAUAUCCACAGGCAACAACGACUUGUGGCCCGAGAAAUUACGGAGCCACCUGAAUUACCGACCAUAUCUAUCGGAAGAUCCUGCACAUCAGAUGAUAAACGAACUAAGCAUGACGGUCUUGAUACCCGAUCAUGCGAUGUAUUGUUGGAUUGCAAAGAUAAGCGCAUAAACGAUGAACGUGCAUUAGGGGCUCAGCCACCUGCCGUUACUGAACUUUCAUUUGGUGGUUGCCCACUGGUCGCAGUGUCGCUUCAAUACCCGGAAGGACCUGAAUGCACAUACCCCUUAUAUAGGGUUCCUGAAUCGAAGUCCGAAAUUACUUUUACCAUACCUGAUUCUGGUAAUGACGACGUGAAUUGUGGUAAGAUCCACGACAUGCGAUCAAGUACCAUCCCCGAAGUAUCAGCAGAUUCGAUCCUAAGAUCGCUGUUGAGUAAGUCAAGAAAGGAAUCGAGGAAAGAAAAACUACCCAUUCGAUACAACGCUGAUGAUAUCCACAGGCAGCAACGGCUUGUAGACCAAGAAAUUAUGCAGCCGCCUGAAUUACCUACCACUUCUAUCGAAAGAUCGUCUGCAUCAGAUGGCAAACGAACUAAGCAUGACGUUCUUGAUACCCGAUCAUGCGAUGUAUUGUUGGAUUGCAAAGAUAAGCGCAUAAACGAUGAACGUGCAUUAGGGGCUCAGCCACCUGCCGUUACUGAACUUUCAUUUGGUGGUUGCCCACUGGUCGCAGUGUCGCUUCAAUACCCGGAAGGACCUGAAUGCACAUACCCCUUAUAUAGGGUUCCUGAAUCGAAGUCCGAAAUUACUUUUACCAUACCUGAUUCUGGUAAUGACGACGUGAAUUGUGGUAAGAUCCACGACAUGCGAUCAAGUACCAUCCCCGAAGUAUCAGCAGAAUCGAUGCUAAGAUCGCAGUUGAGUAAGUCGGGAAAGGAAUCGAGGAAAGACAAACUACCCAUUCGAUACAACGCUGAUGAUAUCCACAGGCAGCAACGGCUUGUAGACCAAGAAAUUAUGCAGCCGCCUGAAUUACCUACCACUUCUAUCGAAAGAGCGUCUGCAUCAAGUGGUAAAGGAACUGACAAUAAUGUUCCUGAUACCAGAUCAUACGAUGUAUUGUCAGAUUGCAAAGAUAAGCGCAUAAAUGCUGAACUUGCAUUAGGGCCUCAGGUACCUCCCGUUACCGGAUCUCCAUUUGGUGCUCGUCCGCCAGUCGUUAUCACGCUGCACGACCCGGUAAGGACUCAAGAUGCGGACGCGAUGUACGCGGUUCGUCAGUCGAAAUCAACAAUUACUUUUACUAUGCCUGAUAUCGACGAUGAAAAUUUGAAUUGGGAUGAAGUCGAGGAUAUACUAUCGAAUGCCAUCCCCGAAAUAUCAGCACAAUGGAUGCUAACAUCGAAGGUUAGUAAGUCUGUUAAGAGAUCAAAGAACAGAUUGACGAAAAAUAAAACACCUAUUGGAUAUAAUCCUGGUGAUAUCAACAGGCAACAGCGGCUUGAAGCCCAAGAAGUUAUACAGCCACCUGAAUUGCUAACGAUUUGUAUCGAAAGAUCGUUUACGUCAGAUAAUAAACGAACCGAGGAUGACGUUCGUGAUACCCGAUCAUACAAUGUAUUAUCAGACUGCGAAGACGAGCGCACAAAUGUUGACCGUGCAGGUCCUCAACCUUCUGCCGUCACCGAACCUACAUCAGGAGCUCGCCCACCAGUCGUUGUCACGCUUCAAGACCGGGUAAGGGCUCAAGAUACCGACGCGAUAUACGGGGUUCCUCAAUCCAAAUCAACAAUUACUUUUACUAUUUCUGAUUUUGGUAAUGCCGAUUUGAAUUCGAAUGAGAGUGACAUACGAUCAAGUACCAUGCCCGGCGUAUCAGCACAAUCGAUGCUAACAUCAGAUGUAAUGAAGUCGGUAAGGAAAUCCAAUAGUACUUCGAUAAAAGAAAAAUCACGCAUUCGAUGCAAGCGUGAUGAGAUUCAGAAGCCACAACGGCUUGAAGCCGAAGAAGUUAUAGAGCCACCUGAAUUACCGACGAGUUCUAUCGAAAUAUUGUCUGUAUUAGAUGACAAACGAACUGACAAUAACGUUCCUGAUACCCCAUCAUGCAAUGUAUUGUCGAAUUGUAAAGAUAAGCGCAUAGAUGUUGAACUUGCAUUAGGACCUCAACCACCUCCUGUUACUGAAUCCCCGUUUGGUGCUUGUCCACCAGUCUUUGUAUCGCUUCAAGGUCCGGCUGGAGCUGAAGACAGAUACCCGAUGUUCGGAGUACCUCAAUGCAAAUCAACAAUUACUUUUACAAUGCCUGAUUUUGAUAUUGACAAUUUGAAUUGGGAAGAGUUCGAUGAUAAUAAACGAUUUGACGAUGACGUUCCUGAUACCCGAUCAUGCGAUGUAAGACCUGAAGACAUUUACCCAAUAUACGGGGUUCCUCAAGCCGAAUCAACAAUCAGUUCCACUAUUUUUGAUUUUGGUAAUAACGAUUUGAAUUGGGAUACGAUAGACCAUAUACUAUCAAGUACCGUCCCCGAAGUAUCGGCGCAAUCGAUGCUAACAUCGGAGACUAGUAACUCUGUUAAGAAACUGAAGAAAAGGCCGCCAAAAAAAAAAGUACGUUUUCGGUACAACCCUCCACCAUUAAUGUCGAUCGAUCCUUCUUAUGUACCUCCACUUUUUGUUCAACAACAAAUACGAAAACAAGUUGAAGAAUAUCAAAAACAGAAACGUGUACGUCACGGCCAAAAACUAGUUGAUCAGAACAAUCGAAUAUUUAUCAAAUCUCAUGGCGAUCUUCGCUAUGAACAUGCACUUGAGGCUCUUAAAAAAAAUAAGGAUCAACUUCUUCUUGAUGGUUUUCGUUACCGUCGUGCAAAUAAAAGUCAAGUUACGUGGCGUUGUGUUAAAAAUAAUUGUUCUGGUCGUGUAACUUUUGAUGGUACACAAUAUAUUAAAUUAACUGACCAUAGUCAUGCACCAAAUCCAGACGAAAUAAUAGCUGCCGAAUUUAAAUCAAAAAUUAGUGAACGUGCGAUAACAUCACAUGAUCCACCUCGACGAAUUAUAAAUGAAGCGUUAUUAGAUGUUCAUAAAGAUGAUGGAAAAGCUAUCUUGGUGGAGUUGCUUUUCGCGUUUGGACCAACAGCUUCCACGUACAAAUCUUCAGAAGGAUGGCAUCGUGCACUUAAAAAUUCUGUUCGUAUAAAUCCAUCUAUUUAUGAAUCUGUUAAAGAUCUUCAAGUGGAACAACAUGCCAAUUUAAUUAUGGCUCUGAAGUUAGAAGCUGGGCUUGUAAAACUGACAAAACGUGUGGCAUAUGAACAAAUGGACGUACAGCUACAACAGUUACUUACCCCUUUUAACAUAAACACAAGAAAGGAGUAUUUUAAAAGAGCAAGAGCUUUGUUUAAUUUUUGA